UGCAGGUGACCUCACAGCUGCCCAAGGUCCGGAAGCGCCCUCGGAGGAUAGAAGUGCCACUUGAGACCACCUUCUGGCAACUGUGGACGGGCGCUGACCUGCUGGACGAGAGCAAAAGUUUUAUCCGAGACGGGUCUCGGCCGCUUCCUUCCAUCCGAUCCUGUUCCACAGCCAACGGCUCCGACAUGCAGAUUCUUUCUACUCUGGACAAGGGUGAAAUAUCUGCACCGUAUUCUCAGGAAAGCUGCUUUUCUGAAGACGGCAGCCAGUCCUCCGUUGGAGAGCUUCUGUCUGUAACCGCUCUGGGAAGUGACUCCUCACUCAACCAGAUACUCUUCGAAAGUACUCCCGAGGGCCAGUCCUCUAUGGAUCAGGUUCUGCUUGAAUCUGUCCCACAAGGUGGGUCGCUUUUAAAGCAACAGGACCCCCUGAAUCUGCUGCUACCCACUGAGCCACGCCUGACGGAACACGUUCCGCCUGAACCGCUUCCACCAGCACCAAAUGACUUGGGGGAUGCCUCUCCAGCCGGAAGGCGUUUAUCAGGAAAGGAUAUCUCUGAGAGACCUCCACCACCCUCACCGCCUUUGGCCCAGCGAACUCCCUCAGGACUUCUUCCGCCUCCAAACUCACCAUUGCAACAGCAGGACCUGGCAGAAGAUGUCCCCACCCCUCAUGCAGAACGUCGUGAACCGUCUGAGACGCUUGUCACGUCUGAGCAAGACCGGCCGCAACCAGUCCCACCGUCGGCCAGCUCAGCUUUUCCAGAACAGAGUUCUUCUGAACCGGACCUGUCGACAGAACCUCAUGCGGGAGAGUGUGGUGUGGAUGAGUCUUCUCUGCCCAUCUGUUCGCCUUCAGAGGAAGAAGAUCUGCCCAACGCUUUCCCAAAAACUGGAUCCCCUGUUGUCAAACAGGACCCAUUGGAACUCGUGGCAGAGGCCAGCCCAUCAUCUCAAGGGCUGGAUUUGUCAGAGUGUCCUUCACUAACUCGAUCUCCUCCAGAAGAUGCCCUCGGGGCGGGUUUGUGGAGCGGUUGUCUUGCAGCUGAGGCUUCUGAAGACCCAGCUCCACCAGGCAGCUCAGUUUCACAAGCGCAGGAUCUGAGAGAACCCGUCUCUUUAACUGAACCCUCCGGAGGGGAGCAGGAUCUCUCUGAACCUCUUCCUCCCAUCCACUUCCUCCCAGCAGAAUCUCUUGCUUUACCUUUCUUAUCUGUACAAGGAGAGCAUCCUCCUGAGUUUGGCCCACCAGGUGGACUUCUUGCAGGUGAAGAGGGCUCAGUUGGGUCUCCUUCAUCUUCAGCUGAUCCUUCUGCACCAGGAAGAUCCCCUCCAGAGGAUCAGCAUGGGUCGGAACCUGCGCCGCCUGCUAGCUCAGUAUCCCAAGAACCAAAUCAGACAGAAGCCGAACCACAGACCACAGAGUGGCCUCCAGAGCCGAAGGACUCCUCCACCAAGCUUCUUCCACCAACCAGCUCCAGCCAGGAGACCCCGGUGGUGGACAACCUUCCACCUCGCAGGCCCUCCACAGCCCCAAAGAGUUCACUGCAGCUUCUUUCACCCUCCCGGUCAUCUUCCAGUGAGCUUUAUCAGUUGUUUGCCCGAAUCCAGCCAGAAGCUGUUCCUUCAAGACUUUACGAUGAACUUUCCACUGAUACCGAAAUGCUGAGCAGCAGCGCGGAGUCGUUGGCGGCAGAGACGUCGCAAUCCUUCUUCAUGACCCAGGUGGACGAUGCCUCCAGUCCCCUUCUGGAACCGACGGAGCAGCCGAGCAAAGACCAGUUGACCGGCCCCUCCCACGCCGUGCCUGAGAAAUACAGAGGUUACGAGGAGCUGCUCGGGGGAGACCCUGGCCCCGACUUCAUUGAGCCCGUGGGGAUACAGCACCAUGUCCAAGCUCUGGAGAAAGCUCUCCGUUACCCACGGGUGUACCGCGACUCAAAGGCCAGGCUUGACAGCUUCCAGAAGCCCUACGUACCUGCUCCAAAGAAGGUCCCAAGGGUCCCCCCUCAGCAGCCUCGAAAGGACAAGGCCGAGCGGCUGGAAGAAAUCCUCCUGAAGAUGAGACAGCCCACCAACAUUGUCCAUAUACCUUUAGUGUGCGUCUUGCGGAAGAAGAAGGAAAACUGGCGCCAGUAUCGGGAGGCCUUGGCUCUCCUGAAGGAAUUCCGAGAGGAGUAUAAAGUCACCGUGGCCUCCUGCAGGGAGGACAGCGAGUCCAAAACAAGUAAGAAGCUUGUCGGCGCUGAUCAGGGGACUCCAAGUCAGAUGCUUGGACCUCUUCCUGAAAUCACGGUGAGCGAGCCCGAAGUGGAGGAACCGCCAGCAGAAGUGGGGCCGCUCGCCGAAGACUUGGAAGCCGAAGACCUGGAAGAGUCACCCAGUCCGGAAGACUAAGAACGAUCGCUGCAUAAAGAACUGGGGCACAGUUACUUCCAGCGAGACCUGGCAUGUUGACCCAUCUGGAGUCCCGGAUUCAGAAACGGCAAGAGAAAAAAAUGGAUGAAAACGAGCAAGGAUACCCUGAAAGGGAGUUUUGGAACCAUUUCUCCACCUUGAUCUUGCAGCCUUGCAUCCCUACAGAAGGCGGAAACUGUGGAAUAAAAAGCUCCUGUAUGGCCAGGUCUGUGGUUUGAUGAAAUGGUUGCAGCCUAAGGCACCCCUUCCAGACAAGCCACUGAUGGAGACGGGGCUGAAUGAUGGCCGUGGUUGACCAGGGGAGGCUUCGACAGACGUGAGGGGUUCAGCCACAUAGGCCACCACAUUUCCUGUGCCUUAGUAUAGGACAGUGAGGACCACCAUCACACCCUUACCUGGUGGAUUCAUAAAGAUCAUCCUGCUUCUUUUUUGGUUGCCUUAAACCACGCAAGUCAAGGAUUGGCCCAGAACAAGUCUGUCCUGUAAACAUGUCUUUUACUAGGCAGUUGUAUUCCCUUUCUCGCUUGCUUUUGAGGCAUUUAAAGGCCCUUUUCUGUCAGGGUGUGGCUUUAGAGAAGCAAUGAAAUUAAAUGUUUAAUCUUUAAGAAGUCUGUGCAUUUCACGGACUGGUGUAUGUACCAGAUUUCCCUCCCAAUGUACUUUUUUAAACUAAAGACAACAAACAAAUCAAGGUGUUUUUUUCACAUCACGGUUAAUUGGCCUGCUU